UCUUCUUGCAGGGGAAGCAGCUUUGUUGGGAGAUCGGGGCCCCGCAGCCCCACACCUCGAAGGCUGUAAGGACCCUCCUUGCUUGCAGGGGCUUCCUUUGGGUGCAUUGGAGAAGUAGGCUCUGGAUCUUGCCUGCUUGAAUCCUGCACAGCCUCCCACAGAGUACAGAACCAUAGCCCAGGCUCAAACUGGAUUAUUCUCUCCUUCCACUGGAAAGAAAAUGGGCGAAAGAGAUCCAGUUCAGGGGAAGGUGACCUUCGAAGAUGUGGCCGUAUAUUUCACAGAGGGCCAGGCCGCUUUGCUCGAUCCGGCCCAAAGGUCCUUGUACAAGGAGGUCAUGCUGGAGAAUUAUGGGAACAUCACCUCGUUGGGAGGAUCUGAAGACCCCAAGCCGCCCUUGAUUUGCCAGCUGGAGCGAGGGAAAGAGCCGUGGGUGGCUAAUCUUCGGCGCCUGGGCGAAGAGGCGCUCAAGGCAACUUCAGGAGACUCGAAGAAGAAAAACGUGUGUCCGGAGUGCGGAAGAUGCUUCUCUGACAUGUCCGUCCUUCUUGAACAUCGGAGAUGCCACUCAACAUGGAGACCGUAUAAAUGCGUGGAUUGCGGGAAAUGUUUCCCUGGGUUUUCAGAGCUUUUGACGCACCACAGAGUCCACGUGGCCGAGAAAGCUUCUCAGUCCUCCGAGUCUGAGGAAAGUUUUGACAUCAAAACAGUCAUCGUCGGCCACCAGGGAAUCCACGCGGGAGAGAAACCUCACAAAUGCUCGGAGUGCGGGAAGUCUUUUGAUUUCAAGUCCACCCUGGCGACGCACAUGCGCAUCCACACGGGGGAAAAGCCUUACAAGUGCUUGGAGUGCGGGAAGUCGUUCGCUCGGAAAGGGAACCUUUCCGGUCACCGGAGACUCCACAUGACCGAGAAGCCUCACAAAUGCAUGGAGUGCGGGAUGUCCUUUGCUCAGCAGUCGAAGCUCGUCGGUCACCAGAGAGUCCACGAGGAGCUUUUCAAGUGCUUCGAGUGCGGGAAGUGUUUCCCUCACAAGGGCCUCCUCAUCGAACACCAGCGGGUCCACACGGGAGAAAAGCCUUUCAAGUGCUUGGCCUGCGGGAAGUACUUUUCCCGGAAGUCGAACCUUGACGAUCACCAGAGAAUCCACACGGGGGAGAAGCCAUACAAGUGCUCAGUGUGCGGGAUGUGUUUCGCGGGCCGCUCGUCCCUCACCUACCACUACCGAGGCCACACCGGAGAGAAGCCCUUCAAGUGCCUGGAGUGCGGGAAGGAUUUCGCCGACCGCUCAUCGCUCCAGUACCACGAGAGAGGCCACACGGGAGAGAAGCCGUACAACUGCUUCGAGUGCGGGAGGAGCUUUGCCAGUCGGUCGUCCCUGGUUUGCCACCGGAGGACCCACACCGGGGAGAAGCCUUACCAGUGUGUGGAGUGCCUGAUAAGCUUCGCCGACAAGUCGGGCCUCAUAUGCCAUGAGAGGGUCCACACAGGGGAGAAGCCGUACACCUGCCUGGAGUGUGGGAAAUCGUACUCCUUCCGGUCGUCCCUCGUUUGCCACGAAAGGUCCCACACGGGAGAGAAACCUUACCAGUGCCUGGAGUGCGGGAAGUCUUAUUCCGACAGGUCGUCCUUUGUUUACCACCAGGGGACGCACACAGGAGAGGAACGCUUCAAGUGUCUCGAGUGCGGGGUGUGUUUUGCACCAAAGCGGCCACUUUCCAGGAUCCAUGGCAUCCCGGUGGUGCAGCACCCUAUUCAUCACGAGAGCUGCUCUUUCUAUCUCAAGUUGAAAAUGGAAUCAGAAAUAAAAGAAGAAAGAUGGGAUAAUCCGCAGCUUCGAUGGGGAGAUAAGGUCUCCAUCGGAGAGGAAGGCCAAAGUGACUGGUGUCCUAGAGCGGAGAGGUUGACCCAAAUCUCACCAUAUCUCAACGCGGAAGCCCCCAAGAGCCUGCAUGCCAGAGGGCGGGGAGAUGCCAAGGUGGAAAGGGCAACUGUCCCGGGUGACAUUAGUGCCGAAAUCCAGCGUAAACGCUUCAGACAUUUCUGCUACCGGGAGACGGAGGGACCCCGAGAUAUUUGCAGGCGGCUCCGGGAGCUGUGCUGUCAGUGGCUGAAGCCGGAGAAGCACACCAAAGAGCAGAUGGUUGAGAUGCUGGUCCUGGAGCAGUUCUUGGCCGUCCUACCUCAGGAAAUGCAGGACUGGGUCAAGGCAGGGGGCGCAGAGAGCUGUGCUGAAGCAGUGGCCCUGGCAGAGGACUUCCUGCUGAGCCAGGAAGAGGAUGAGCCUCAGGGAUGGGAACGGAAGGUACCUGAGGAGGAAAAAAGGGAGACUGCUCUGGGUCUCCUCUCAAUUUUGGGCAUUCAGCCAGGACCUUUAUGCAAAGAGGAGGAGGAGGAAGUGAAUGAAGAUGCCAGUCUGCUUGAUUUUGCUUCUCCCAUCCCUUCCUGCCUUGUAGCCAGUGGGACGCGGCCUCUGAUUUCCUGUGGCUCAUCUCUUCAUCCUGCUCCGGAGCCAACUCAGGGACUGUUGGCUUUCGAGGAGGUGGCGGUUUACUUUGCAGAGGAAGAAUGGGCCUUGCUGGAUCUGGACCAAAGAGUUCUGUACAAGGAGGUCACGUUGGAGAAUUAUGGGAAUAUGGCCUCACUGGGACUUUUGAUUCCCAAACCAGACUCCGUCCCCUGGCAGGAAGGAAAAGAAGAUUUAUUCACUCAAGACCCUGAGGAAACAGAAAAAGGAGGUUUUGCAGCUGCAAAUGAGAUCAAAGAAGAAUCUCCUCCAGGAGAAGGGAUCCCUCAUCUGGAAGACACGGCCGAAGAUUUCCCAGAGGGAUCUCAGGAUGACAUUUUCCCAGCAGCCGAGUACUGUGAAAGCGAUGGCACUGCCAGUGAGAGUGAGAUGGGCAGGACGCAUCAUGAAGGCCCCAGGUCAGCCAGUUCUGAUGGGAGGUUCCCGGGGGGUUCCCCCAGGGACGUUUCUGUGAAGUCCGAAGCCUUCGAUCAGGGCUACGAGUCUGACAGGCAGCACUGGCAGCGGGCCAUGAAGAAGUGGGGCAUCUCCAUUCAGGAGGUGGAAACCGCCGUGGCUGAUAACGCCGGCACGAUCCGCGCAGGAGAGGAGUGCCACAUGUGCCGAAAGUGCGGGCAGGCAUUCGAGCACCAAUCGGGGCUCAUCGUGCACCAGAUGAUCCACACGGCCGAGAGGCCCUACGAGUGCCUUGAGUGCGGGAAGAGCUUCUGCCGGAGGGAGAACCUUCUUGCACACCAGAGAAUCCACUUGGGGGAGAGGCCUUACGAGUGCCCGCAGUGCGGGAAGAGCUUCAGCACGCGAUCGCAUCUUAUCACCCACCAGAGAAUCCACACGGGCGAGAAGCCGUACGAUUGCCUGCACUGCGCAAAGAGCUUCAGCAACAAGUCCUCACUUGUCACCCACCAGAGGAUCCAUACCGGGGAGAAGCCUUACGAGUGUCCGCAGUGCAGGAAGAGCUUCUGCCAGAGCGGGCAGCUGAUCAGACACCAGAGAAUCCACACGGGAGAGAAGCCCUACACUUGCUUACAGUGUGGGAAGAGUUUCUGCCAGAGAGGGCAGCUGAUCAGGCACCAGAGGAUGCACACAGGGGAGAAGCCUUACGAGUGCCUUCAGUGCGGGAAAAACUUCAGCAGGAAGUCAUACCUUGACAUUCACCUGCGGAUGCACACAGGAGAGAAGCCUUACGGGUGCCCCGAGUGCGGGAAAAGCUUCUACCAGAGUGCCCAGUUGAUCCGGCACCAGCGGAUCCACACGGGGGAGAAGCCAUUCAUGUGUUCUGAGUGUGGGAAAAGCUUCUUGCAGAAGGAGAAGCUGGCAAGACACCAGAGAACCCAUGCGGAAUCAAAACCGCACAAAUGCUCAGAGUGCCAAAAAACCUUUCCCCGGAAAGAUAAGCUCAUGCAUCAUCAGAAAACCCACGCAGGGCUUGAAACCUUAUGAACGUUUCCU